GGAAGCCCUGGGCCGAGAAAACUGACGCGAGGGGCAGGUCGUCAUGGCAACGCGCAUUGGUCGAGGUGGGGUAGUCGCCAGGUGAGUGGUAGGCGGCGGGCACUGACGUCAGUGGACAGGCCAGGUGAACCCACCCCAGAAUUGACCAUUUAAAAUGGAUCUAGAAGUAAAAGGCGUUGGGACAUCAAGGAACGGGGGCCGACAGAAAUCAGCUCAGGGUUGGAGGAUCAGUUCCAGCGUUGCUUAUGGCCCACGUCCCGAUGAUGUGCCUGUGUUAGAUUUGGGGAAACUUGGUGAUUUGGACAGUGAGAGUGAUUUGUUAUAUACACCUAUUAUGUCAGCAAAACCUCGACUGGCUUCUCCGGAUUCUACCUCAACUGUAAGCUGGGGCACGCCUUUGCCAUCUGCACAUGCAGUGUACCACUCCUACCGUCAGCCAUGCCCGGUGGAAGAGUUGACAGUUCCUGAAAAUCUACCUGCACCAUCAGAGCGGUACAGAGUGAAGUACCAGCAGUAUGAAGAGGAGAUGAAGACAAAUUACAAGCAAUAUGUCCAGCAGAUGGCGGAGAAGAACAAAGCAGACCCUUCACAUCAGCAUCCUCCACCAGCAGGUCUCCAGACCCCGGAACCAAGAGUUGAUGAUGUGACUCCCAGGUACCUGGCAGCUCUCGAUGAGAAAGCUAACCUUCAACAGUGCUACACUAGCAAACCAUAUAAUGAGCAGCAGCACAUGAGGAAGUUGGCAGCUGAGGAUCUUGCCAUGGAGAAGCGAAAGCAGGCCGUGGUAGAACAAGUACUGGUGGAUCACCUAUCCAGGGCAGUGAUCAGUGAUCCAGAACAAGAUGGAAACAGCAUUGAUCUGACACAUCAGCAAACUACACUUCCGGGCAUUGGAUCCGCACCUCUAAGAUAUAGAAACAGGAAACUCCAUCAAACCAAAGUGAAGACAAGUUCAACAUUAACUGAAAACCUCCUCUCAAACAAGUUGCGGUUUGAUGCCCGGAUUAUUUCUAAAAAUGGACGGGAUGCAUGCAGAGAGCUAAUUGGCUUCUUUUUUGCAUUUGACAAGUCUCUGACAGUAUAUGAAUAUCGCCAUUUUGGGAAGAAUAGGACUAACGCACUUCCAUUCAUUCAGAGGGGCAUUUACUGCCAUUGUUACGGUAGGCGGAAGAAAAGGCAAUAUGAUGUUGGUGAUUUCUAUGUGGGUGCAAACCUGACCUUUCUGACCUCAGAACACGUUGGCCUCCCUGCAAGUGUCCAAGCAAAGCAGUUAUUGACACUACGGAUCACCAGCAUUGACAAAAUGGCGAAGCACUCAUUGCUAACCAGUGGGAAUCCAUCCUUAAGUAAGCAAGAGAUUGAAGACAGAAAUAUCCUUUUGGCUGCACAAGGGCUGUUAAAAGAAAAGCUGAAGAACAGAGGAGUCCGCACUAUGACUGGACUGGGAAAGUACCUUCGGCAACGGGAUUCCAGUGGGAGUGGAGAUAUGGCCAAAGCAGAACUGAAACAGGCUCUGAAGGAAUUCCAUUUAGAACUUCCUAAUGAGGAUUUUGAGUCUAUUUGGCUUUUACUGGACCAGGACUGUGAGGGUAAAGUAGAUUAUAACCUGUUUAUCCAAGCCACCAUUGGAGAAAUGAAUGAGUUUCGAAAGGCAUUUGUAAGAAAAGCUUACAUGAAGCUUGAUCCUAAUAAGACUGGCAGCAUCUCUGUGAAUGAUAUUAGCAAGUUCUAUAACCCAAAGAAACACCCCAAAGUUUUAUCAGGGGAAUCUUCAGAGCUGCAGGUCCGCUCAGCAUUCCUGGACACCCUGCAGGAGUACUGCGCCAGCCCGAAUGAAGUGACCUACUGUGAAUUUGAAUCCUAUUACGAGGGUCUCAGCCUUGGAAUUGUGAACGACGAAGAUUUUGCCAACAUCUUGGGAAACUGCUGGGGAGUCUGAGAUUUGGAGAACAAACUGGGCAAAGUCAGAAGGAUCUUUAUGUCUAUGCACGUUCCAAAUCGAUGUGCCAUUAAUUAAUGGGUGAAAGCUAAAUGCAACACAGAACCCUGUAGUAUCAAUGCAGAAUGUUCCAGCUUCUCAGUCGGGCAGAGUUUAGUUCUACUAAUUCUUAAAGAUAUUUAAUUUUUUAAGGUGAUAUUUUUAGACCAUAAGACCAUAACACAUAGGAGCAGAAUUAGGCUAUCAAAUCUGCUCUGCCAUGGCCGAUUUAUUAUUCCUUUCAACCCCAUUCUCCUGCCUUCUCCCCAUAACUUUUGACACUUAACUAAUUUAGAAUCCUGACGAAGGGUCUCGGCCUGAAACGUCGACUGUACCUCUUCCUAGAGAUGCUGCUUGGCCUGCUGCGUUCACCAGCAACUUUGAUGUGUGUUGCUUGAAUUUCCAGCAUCUGCAGAAUUCCUGUUGUUUAAGAAUCUAUCAACCCCCACUUUAAAUAUACCCAAUGCCUUGGCCUCCACAGUUGUCUGUGGCAGUGAUUUCCCCAGAUUCUCCACGGUUCAGCUAAAGAAAUGCCUCUUCAUCUCUGUCCUAAAUGGAAUCCCUCUAUUCUGAGACUGUGUCUUCUGAACCUAGUCUCCCUAAAUAUAGGGAACAUGUCCACUCUAUCUAGACCUUUCAAUAUUCGAUAGGUUUCAAUGAGAUCCCACCUUGUUCUUCUAAACUCCCUCAAACUCAAAAUAUUUGAGGGUCAUUAAAUAUUUUAUGGCGCUAAAUGGGAUAGGAACUUCUACCAGGAAGAAAGUCCUUCAGAUUUUAUGUCCAUUGAUUAAUUUGUAUAUAUAGAAUUCAGAUGAACCUUCUUGUACUUUUGCUUAUCAAAUGAGCACCAGUAAUAUUGCAUUUUCCCGCCCCACUUCUAUCGUCUGAAGUUUUACUCGUUCACCAGCUGAUUUUCAGCGUUUCAGUAUUUAUUGUUCCAAGCACUUAUAAGACUAUUCAGCCCAUUGAGUAUGCCCUUACUAAUUGAUAGCCUAUCAACCUUUGCUUUAAAUAUACCCAAUGGCUUGGCUUUCACAGCUAUGUCAGGAAAGCAAGUAAAUUACUUCUUAGAAGUCCUUAUACCAUAAAUUUAAAGUAUUUAAGAUUCUGGAAAUUGAAUAUGUUAAUCCUGGUCAAUGCAGACAAACCUCCCCACCUCUCUCCACAUUAUAUUCUUUGUUUCACAUCUUCUCCUCCUCUUUAUCCAACCUUGACACCACAGUCAUUCUCACCACUCUGGGAAGGGAGUUUCUUUCUGAAUUCAGUAUUUUAUUGAUGCCCACUAGCUGUAUUCUUUCAACUUGUCUUCUAUUUAAUUGUGUAGUGGUGGUGUAUAUAUAAUAUUGCAUACUACAGCUCUAUGUCACAAGCUCUACAACAUGAAGUAUACACGGGAUAAGUUAUGAUUUCACAAACAUUGUUACCGUUAAGUUAAAUACACUAAUUUCUAUGUAACCUGUUGUGUGAAUGAAGGACAGAAUUUCUUGCAAUGCCUUUGGGAUGGACAUGCGAGGGAAUUUGAAUGAGUUAUAAAGGCUUAUAAAUAAUCGAAAUAUGGAAGCGUACUUUCAAAUGCAUUUUUUCAUUAACGACCAACACAGUCCAAGGAUGUGCUGGGGGCAGAGUACUCCCACAAUUUACUAACCCUGACCAUAAUGUUGUUAUGUUAUUAACCAUAAUGAGAUUGCUGGGGCCUUGACUAGUAUCUUCAGGUCCCCUCUAGGCAUAGGUGGAGUCCUGGAGGACUGGCAUGUGACUAAUGUUGUACCUCUAUUUAAGAAAGGAACAAGGGAAAAUCCUGGGAAAUAUAGACCGGUGAGUCUCAUGUCAGAUGUAGGGAAAUUGCUGGAGAACUUUCUUAGGGACUCCUGGAUUUCAGUGCUUUGAAAGGGAUAGAGAGGGAGGAAAAAGGGGAGGAGGGGUGGCAUUACUGGUCAGGGAUACUAUUACAGCUACAGAAAGGGUGGGUAAUGUAGCAGGAUCCU